AUGAGGAUCAAAAUGAUAAUACUGAGAUAGUUACUAAUGAGAAGAUUCCUGAAUGCACUGUUACUGGUGAUGGUGAAGAUCAACAUACUAAUCUAGGAAAUGACCUUAACUCUGAUGCUGAACAGAACAGCAAGUUGGUGGAUCUGAAGUUGAAGAAGCUCCUAGAAGCUCAGGCACAGAUGGCAAAUUCAGUUUCCAGUGCUGCUCAGAAAGCCCUUGAUGACAGAAUGGUGCAAGAGUUGAAGAAUGAAACAGAAGAGCAUCGUGCUGAGAGGCUACAAAAAGGAACAGAACGUUUUAGAAAUCCUGUUGUGUUCAGCAAGGAUUCUACAGUCAGAAAAACUCAGCUUCAGUCAUUCAGUCAAUAUGUUGAAAACAGACCAGAGAUGAAAAGGCAGAGAUCAAUACAGGAAGAUACAAAGAGAGGAAAUGAGGAGAAGGCAGCGAUAACUGAAACUCAGAGGAAGCCAUCAGAAGAUGAAGUGCUUAAUAAAGGGUUCAAAGACACCAGUCAGUAUGUUGUAGGAGAAUUGGCAGCACUAGAGAAUGAGCAAAAGCAAAUUGACACCCGUGCCGCGCUGGUGGAGAAGCGCCUUCGCUAUCUCAUGGACACAGGUACGGUGCCCAAUUACACUGUAAACAGUUUUGGCAAAUUGAGCGUUCACAAACUCUUAUAGAGUUUUGGAAGUGUG